AUGGGGAAGAUAAAGAGAGCACCAAAGAAUAAGGUGAAUCCUCCUUGCGAUGGAAGUCGUAGUUGGCAGCCUAAUCAUGAGCCCGACGAAUGGGAGAAGAAGUUCAUCGAAGUAAUCGGAACGUUGGAUUGGAAAACAUUCCUGGACAAGAAGAAAUACGUCAAUCUAUGUAUAUAUAACAGGGUGGCCAAAUGGGAUGAUUUGGCCGGCGAAGAGGCUUUUCGCGAUUCGAAGAAGCGAUUUUUCGAAGAAAGAAUACACGGUGAUGAUCAUCCCCGCGGAUCUUUAGUAAUGCAUGGGAAUCCAGACCUUUAUAUCGAUAAAAUUGAUUGGGAUUCGGGAGUUGAUCAAACGCUCGUAGCUGAACUUGAUAAGUGUGUGCGUCUUUACCACAAAGUGUUGAAGUGGGAUGACUCUGCGGCCGAAGAGGCCUUCCAAAACGUGCAACAGCGGAUCUUGGAAGAAAAAAUUUACGGUCAUCAACGUAGUGACCUAAUGAUUUUAUCGCCCGAUGAUCCAAUUGAUUGGGAUGCCGAAGUUGAUCCAGAGCUUUUCGAUGAACUUGAUCAGGUUGAUAGGGAUUCAGAAAUUGAUCCAGAGCUUCUCCUCGAUGACCUUGAUGAAUACGGUGAUUCAUUCCUUGAUACGGGCAAGAGUAUUGAACCAGUUGUAAUUUUUGGCGAUGAAUUUCGAAGCGAAAAAGGUUUUUCGAAUGAUGGUUGGGGAGUUGGCGAUCUUGAAGAUGCUGUUAGGGACUCAAAUUUCAACAACGAUCACCCAUGGGAGGAGAAAAACCAAGUUCAAAGCCAAAGCACCGCAAAAAAAGAUGGAUGGGGAGAUCUGAUCACUGAUAAUGUUGGUGCUAACAAUCUGGAUGAUGGACAUAUUGGACCUGCUGGACGGACUUACAACCAUCAGGGAACAAUCCUGAAUGCAAAGAAGAAUAAUAUUAAUGCUGCUAGUGGUAGAAUGAGGAUGCCGAGCUACACGGCUUCGACGUUCCGUGGCAUUAAGCGAACCGGUGGUGGUUAUGUAUGGAGGGAAGGGAUUAACCACAAGACCUUUGCUUGUUUCUGA